GAGGGAAGCUGUGGCCGGCAGUGAGGGCUGUGCCCACGCCCGGGUUUUCAGGAUGAAUCUGGAAAAACUCAGCAAGCCUGAACUACUGACGCUGUUUAGCAUUCUUGAGGGAGAAUUAGAAGCAAGAGAUCUUGUCAUAGAAGCUUUAAAGGCCCAGCACAGGGACACGUUCAUUGAGGAACGCUAUGGGAAAUACAACAUCAGUGACCCACUGAUGGCUUUGCAGAGAGAUUUUGAGACCCUGAAAGAGGGCAAUCAUGCUGAAAAGCAGCCAGUAUGCUCCAAUCCUUUAUCUAUUUUGAAAGUGGUGAUGAAACAUUGCAAGAAUAUGCAAGAAAGAAUGUUAUCCCAACUGGCUGCUGCAGAAAGCAGACACAGAAAGGUGAUCCUGGACCUGGAGGAGGAGAGACAGAGGCACGCCCAGGACACGGCAGAGGGGGACGAUGUCACCUACAUGCUGGAAAAGGAGAGGGAGCGGCUGACACAGCAGGUGGAGUUUGAAAAAUCCCAAGUGAAAAAGUUUGAAAARGAACAGAAGAAGCUGUCGAGCCAGCUGGAGGAGGAGAGGGCACGCCACAAACAACUGUCUUCAAUGCUUGUUGUGGAGUGCAAGAAAGCCACUGCCAAAGCAGCUGAAGAAGGGCAGAAGACAGCAGAGCUGAGCUUGAAAYUGGAAAAGGAGAAGAGUAAGGUGAGUAAACUGGAAGAGGAGCUGGCAGCCAAGAGGAAGCGGGGUUUGCAGAUGGAAGCACAAGUAGAAAAGCAGCUCUCAGAGUUUGACAUUGAAAGGGAGCAGCUGAAAGCCAAGCUGAACAGAGAAGAAAACCGUACAAAAGCACUCAAGGAAGAGGUGGAAUGUCUGAAGAAAGCCCUGAAAGAACUGGAGGCCUCUUGCCAGGAGCACAGCCCCUCGGUGACAUCCAGGGGGGUGACCACUGACAGUCCCCCGGUGAAAUCUGUGUCCUGCCAGACCGAGAGUGUGCAGGCAGAGCGAGCAAACCCUGCCAGCAGCAGCAGGGCAGCUCCCAGCCCCUGCACAGCCAGCCAUUCCUAUGCCAAAUCCAAUGGGCACUGUGACACAGACGUGCAGCCAGCUGGGGAGGCACAGGCCAACGCUGCAGAGAGCCACCUUCCACGGGAGAAACCUGCUGCAGCCUCAGAAAGUGCAGUGGAGAAUGGAAAUUCUCCUGGAAGAACAGAGUCACCCGUGCACCUGAUGUCCCAGCUGCCAUCUGCRGGGGUGUCCCUGUCCCCCAGCAGCACGGCUGCCUCCUCUCUGACACCUUCUCCCUGCUCGUCCCCAGUGCUGAGCAAACGCCUGGUGGCCUCUGGCAGCAGCCCUGGCUACCAAUCCUCCUACCAGGUGGGCAUCAACCAGCGUUUCCACGCRGCACGGCACAAGUUCCAGGCGCAGGCAGAGCAGGAGCAGCAGUGCAGUGGCCUGCAGAGCCCUCCCUCCAGGGAUCUGUCCCCCACCCUGGCAGACAACUCUGCAGCCAAGCAGCUGGCCAGGAACACGGUCACCCAGGUGCUGUCCAGGUUCACCAGCCAGCAGGGUCCCAUCAAGCCUGUGUCCCCAAACAGCUCUCCUUUUGGCACAGACUAUCGGAGCCUGGCCAAUGCUGCCAGCCCCAAAGCAGAGUCUGCUCACUCGCCCAGCCCUGCCAAGGUUUCCAGUCCCCUCAGCCCCUUGUCUCCUGGAAUUAARUCACCAACCAUUCCCAGAGCAGAAAGAGGGAACCCUCCACCCAUUCCUCCAAAGAAACCCGGCCUGGCUCAGUCACCUGCUGCUCCUUUAACCAAAAGCUCCUCCCUGGGUGCCCCCACGGACRUGGCGAGUGGCUGCUCUAACAACUCUGUCGUGUCAAAUGGCAAAGAGCUGGAGAUCCUCCUGCCAAGCAGCAGUUAGUCUCCAGAAAAUGGGAAUGUGACAUUCCACAGCUUAGCUUACCCUGCAGCUAAGACACUGUUUUUCCACUCCGUGUUAUUUAUUUCCAUAGUAGCAGAUUCUGUCUGUAUAAAGCAUUUAGUAUAWUUUUUUUUUCUUUUUAAUAGGUAGGAAAAUAUUUUUGUUUAUGAAGAAACCUUAACUACAGCUAUACAGUAGCCUCCAAAUGUCUCAUGGCAGCAGUCAAAUCAUUAGAGAUAACCAUAAUCAUGUGGUGGGACCUAUCAAYCUCUAAUGGGACUGAAAUGCUGCUUUUAAAUUAUGCAGAAAUAAUUUUUGCAGACUUUUUACUCCAGAUGAACAUUUAURAAAGUGCCUGAACUAAGCCUGCAAUAUGAAUGUGAUUCUCGGGAAAAGCUGAGGAGGGGAACAUCUAGCUGCAGAAACAAAUUCUUCUGAGUCCUGAAUAUCCAAACCAACAGUGGUUUUCCUUUUAGUUCUUUCCAUUUGCUAAGAUAAGUUAGCAAAUGCUGUAAGGUGAGCACCAGACGGGUGCAGGCAGCCAAGCUGUGUCCUUCAGAAACAGCUCCCUGCUAUUGGAGGAAGCACACAUGAGUUUUUUGGGGGAAAAAUCAGUUUUAGUAUCAUCCAGGUUGCUUCUCUGUCAGAAUUCCUCGUCCAUAUAGUUCUUCCUGCUUUCCUGCAGAGAUGCCUGUGUGUUUUAAAUGGCUGGACUCUGGGUUUUGGUGUAUCACGUGGGAUUUAAAAGCUCUUCAAGCAUUCUACUGUUGUGUGUAGAACUUCUGAGAAAAGGGUCUKUCUGUUACUUGACCAAAAUCUCACUAAUACUUGAAAAAAUAACUCGUUCUUACAGUGCAGUUUUUUUGCAACAGGAACAUGGGAUCUUUAACUAUAAACAAAAGCAAUAAUUUUGUUCCUCAUCUCUGUCAGUGAAGUCUGACCUGGAUUUUACCCAGUAGGAAUUGAAUAUCUGUGUCUGUGUCACACACAUACAUACUAAACACACAGUAUAUUAGGGAAAUACUUAUCUACUGCCUCACAGGAAGAAAACAUGGCAAUUCAUGAGAUUUAAAGGAAUUCCUCAGUGAGGAAUUGCCUGAGUUUGAGGCAGAUCAUUCAUGUGAAGAAGUAUUUGGAAGCAAGAGAAGCAUUUGGUUCCUGUGCAGAAUAUUUGCUGCGGGGAAAGCAAUGGGCACAGCACAGUGGUKGUGUGAGUCACUGCCCUGGGAAAUCCAGGACAAACACCACAGAUGAGUGGCAGAGCAGAGAGCACGACCCCGAGUUCAUGAUCCUGGUGUUGGAUGUGAGCUGAUCCUAAAUUUAGCACUGGAUUUGCUGCUGGGUUCAUCCAGUGCUGAGCACUUCUCUCUGUUUGCACAGAGCACAGCUUCCACUGCCAGAGCCCUUCUCUUUGUCAGGUUGCACUGAUCUUUGGAUAAAAUCCCUUUGUUUGGGAUAUCCCUGUGCCACGGGGAUCAGAACUGUCCAAGGCAGGGUUCCUUUGGGUCUCAUUCUGUAGGACACAGARCUCUUUGCUGGAGUGGCCCCACACAGCCAUGGCUGGGCUUUAAGAGGUUUGCACAGACCUUUUAGUAACCUAUUAGUGGUAUUAUGGGCUGUUCCUAAUCCACUGGAACAGGCUGUGUACUAACAACAGCAGCAGCCACUCUUGGAAGCACAUUUAUUACUUUUAUACCUAAGUACCCACAGCAGAUUUUUUUUUUCUUCUUGCUGAGAGUAAAUGUAAAAAUGGAUGGGCGGAUGGAUUUUGSCCCAUGUAUCCCUUCUGAUUGAAAAGUGAGGCUUUUGUAUACACUGCUUUAAUGAGUUUCUUUGCUUUUACAUUAAUCUGACUGGUAUUAUCCCCUUUAUUGAUAGCUCUAGACAGAAAGAGAUACUAUGAUGAAGUCUAAUAGGAAAUGCACUGAGUAUUGUUUCUUCUAAAMUAUAAUAUGGGAAGGGGGUAUGCAAAAGAAUGUAUUUUUGCUAGUAGACUAACUUCUGAAAGAAACUAAGCACAAGGGAUUUAAAUGGAUCCAACUAAUUCAGUAAGACAUUUAGAGUUAGUAUUUAACUGUUGAUGUAGAUUCUGUGUGGAAGCAACUAAAUAUUUCUAACUCACAYGUGUCCUAAGCAGACAUUGUUGCAGAGUUUGUCACUGGCUAAUGGAGUAUAAUGAAGUGCAGAACAUAUAACACUAGUAUUAAUUCAUUAACACUUGUAAAUUUGUAAAGCCAAAUGUACCAAGUGGAAGUCUUUAAUCAUUUUUAUAGCUGAUGGCAUUAAACAUGUUAAACAUUCGUAUUAUCAAUAAAGGAUUUUAUUUUUAA